GAUGGAGGAUCCAAAGGUUCUCCUCCGCCGCCUGUCGUCUUCGUGGUAUCGAGGACGAGGGGGCCUGGUUCUACUCCUCCGAGUGGUGGGGAACGGAAUCCGACGGCCACACCGUUUUCCAAUCGAAUUCCGUUAAAGGAAACGGCGAUGUAUCCGUCGUCGCGUAUCCUUCUUCAAGACCGGAUGCAGCCCAUUGGCCAGCAAUGGAAAAAUGGCUUCAAGAAAGUUAAAAUCAUGGCUGCUUAUAGGAAAUCAGACCCUGGCACUGUAUACGUUUUGCAGCAGCCCCUUUUAGCUGGUCCAUACUUAAAAAGUAUGGUUUCAGCUGGUUUGGCUUCACUAGCAUCUUGCAAUUAUGACUUCAUCGGUGCAGUUUGUGGGAAGAAAAUAAUGCGUGUUUUAUGCAUUGGUCAUGGUGGUGGAAGCCUACCCUUAUUUUUGGCAAGUAAAAUUCAAGGGGCAGUUGUCCAUGUUGUCGAGAUUGAUCCUGUUGUCAUCUCAGCCUCAGUUCAAGCCAUGGGCUUCCCUGCAUCUGCAGUGAAAAUGCCCACUGAUUCCUCUCCCUUACAACCUGACAUAGUCGAUCACGUACUGUGGAAAGGCAUCUCCGAACGGCUUUUCCUCUACGAAGCAGAUGGAGAGAACUUCGUCCUGGACAAUAACAAUAUCUAUGACUUGAUCUUCAUAGAUGCUUACGAUGGCGAUGAUAUUUUCCCUCACAAGCUGUGGGACCCACAUGGCCCAUUUCUUGGAGCCCUCAGAAGCAGGCUCCAUCCUGAGCACGGGACCGUUGUCGUCAACCUUCUCGCGGACUCCGAUGUCUUGACCCCAGAUGGGAGUGACUCACCCCAUCCUUAUUACCGUACUCUACCCAUGGGUAAGUAUGUCUAUCAAGUUUGCAGAUCAUACAAAGAUACGUUGUUAGGGAAAAGCAUCGGCAAAAAGAGGGAGGUUAGUUCCGGGUUUGCUUUUACUGUUUCAGUUCCUUGGCUUUGCAACAUGUCUCUCGUCGUUAGCAAAGGUGCUUGCCUUGAUAGGCAUUUGAUUUCAGACAUCCUCAAAUCUAAAUCCUGUUUGCUGGAAGAUGCUCUUGAUUUGCCGUUUUACUGUUUACAGUAUAUAAGGAGAGAUUUUGUAUUGGUGGAUUAAUUGCCUAUGGAAUUGAUAGUGAGGUGAUGGCUUGUUUUACUUGCAUUGAAAUGCAGGCUGUCUUCUUUCGGUUAUGCUAAUAGAUUCAUAUGCAAAUUCGAUGGUGUUGUGGAUGUAUUACCCAAACAAAUUGCUAUUGUUAGUCGAUGAAGUCGAAACAGCCAAAUUGCAGUUUCCUUCCC